UACAAUUCCAAGAAGCUUUACAAGCUUUACUAGCUAUAGCAGCUAGUUUAAAUUCGUCUCCAACCCAAAAUGGUUUGGAUAACCAAAAUCAAGCUAAUAAUCAAACUAUUUUUCUUAAAUUAUUUACUGAAGACAUAUCUUUCUGCACACUCCAAUUAGGUUGUUCUUCUAAUACUUUAGAUAAUUUAAAAAUUUUUCCUAAUAGUAUAUCUUCUUCAUCUCCAGUUGUGAUAUCAGAAGACAUUGUUGAUAAUAUUUUACAACUCAUCCCUUUAAAUUAUGUAUGCAAAGAGAUAUCUUUACCUUCUCAAAUUUUUAAAGACUUUCCCCUUUUAGUUUAUUAUAAAGUACUUACCCCUGCUAGUAAGAUACCACCCUCAAAUAAAACCUUAGAUAGUAAUAAGAUUAGCUUAACCACCCUUUUUUAUACUCAACAGGAUUCUUUAAAACCUAUUACCUAUAGUAAUAAGAUAGUAUCUCUGUUUAUUAAAGGCCCCAAUA